CGGCAAAGCGAGAGCCUCGGAGACGCCGCUGCCGCCAGCACAGCCGGAGACCUGAGCGGAUCCUGGGGCUGUCUGCAGGCCCCGCACUCUCCCGAUGAGUCGGAGAAGUCCCAUUCUUCAACUUGUGCUCUGGAUUCCUUCUCUUGACAUCUUAAGGACUCAUCUCCUCCUUGCCUGCAUCAUGAUUUUACCCUUUCGGUUGGAUCAUCUUCAUUCAUAUACAAAUGUGCUCUGAAGCUCCACUGUCCAAUGUGGUAGCCACAUGUGGCUAUUUAAAUAAAAAUUAGUUUAAAAAAAUUCAGUUUUCCUGCUAGCAAGCAGCCAUCUAAGAUGCAUCAAUUGGUCUCAACGCACCUGGAGCAAAGGAGAAUGAAGAACACAGAGAUACAAGGUUGUAUCAGAGUAAGAUGGACGGUAGCUUUGAUUGUGAUUGUGGUGAGGUGGAACCACCUGAUCACUAAUAAAAGACAUCUGUUAACCAACAGCUACCAGGGCUUCCUGUUGAAAUAUAUAGCAACAAAGGAAGAAAAGAAGCAAAACGGAAAUAGUGCUUACCAGCACCUUAAAAAGAUGCUGCUCAGGACCAGUCCAACACUGAAUGUAUCUGCACUGUGAGGAGAAUGUUCAUAGAAGCCUGUUGUGUGCAUAUUUAUUCACAUUUUUGUUAAAUGUUAAAUCGUUUAGCACAGUAAAUCUGAGUGCAUAGUAUGUCAUUUCAUUCCGUUUGAGUUUCUUGAGUGUUUUCUUUAAAUGUCUGCAGAGUUGCUGCCCCUUUCUUGAGCUAUGAGUACUGCAAUCUUUUUAAUUCUCAGUAUGAGUAGAGCUUUUUGAGCUUUUAAAUCUAAGGGGAACGCAACGGGCCUGGUUGGCAUAUGCAAUGAACAUCAAGAAACCAUCUUGCUUUGGAAGCAAAAUUAUUUUUCUUCUCCCUUUUUGAAAGAUCUUUUCCUUUAAUGCCUGUUUUCUUCCUUGUUUACACAAGUUCAACAGUUUGUAAGGAAAAGGCAAUAGUGGGGGUUUCAAAAUGGCGGAGAAAUUUGAAAGUCUCAUGAACAUUCAUGGUUUUGAACUGGGCUCUAGGUAUAUGGACUUAAAACCAUUGGGUUGUGGAGGCAAUGGCUUGGUUUUUUCUGCUGUAGACAAUGACUGUGACAAAAGAGUAGCCAUCAAGAAAAUUGUCCUUACUGAUCCCCAGAGUGUCAAACAUGCUCUACGUGAAAUCAAAAUUAUUAGAAGACUAGACCAUGAUAACAUUGUGAAAGUGUUUGAAAUUCUUGGUCCCAGUGGAAACCAGUUAACAGACGAUGUGGGCUUUUUAACCGAACUGAACAGUGUUUACAUUGUUCAGGAGUACAUGGAGACAGACUUGGCUAAUGUGCUGGAGCAGGGCCCUUUACUGGAGGAGCAUGCCAGGCUUUUCAUGUAUCAGCUGCUACGUGGGCUCAAGUAUAUUCACUCUGCAAACGUACUGCACAGAGAUCUCAAACCAGCUAAUCUUUUCAUUAAUACUGAAGACUUGGUGCUGAAGAUAGGUGACUUUGGUCUUGCACGGAUCAUGGAUCCUCAUUAUUCACAUAAGGGUCACCUUUCUGAAGGAUUGGUUACUAAAUGGUACAGAUCUCCACGUCUUUUACUUUCACCUAAUAAUUAUACUAAAGCCAUUGACAUGUGGGCUGCAGGCUGCAUCUUUGCUGAAAUGCUGACCGGUAAAACCCUCUUUGCAGGUGCACAUGAACUUGAACAGAUGCAGCUGAUUUUAGAAUCUAUACCUGUUGUACAUGAGGAAGAUCGUCAGGAGCUUCUCAGCGUAAUUCCAGUUUACAUUAGAAAUGACAUGACUGAGCCGCACAAACCUUUAACUCAGCUGCUUCCAGGAAUUAGUCGAGAAGCACUGGAUUUCCUGGAACAGAUUUUGACAUUUAGCCCCAUGGAUCGGCUAACAGCAGAAGAGGCGCUCUCCCAUCCUUACAUGAGCAUAUAUUCUUUUCCAACGGAUGAACCGAUUUCAAGUCAUCCCUUUCAUAUUGAAGAUGAAGUUGAUGAUAUUUUGCUUAUGGAUGAAACUCAUAGUCACAUUUAUAACUGGGAAAGGUACCAUGAUUGUCAGUUUUCAGACCACGAUUGGCCUAUACAUAACAACUUUGAUAUCGAUGAAGUUCAGCUUGAUCCGAGAGCUCUGUCUGAUGUCACUGAUGAAGAAGAAGUACAGGUGGAUCCUCGGAAAUAUUUGGAUGGAGAUUGUGAAAAGUAUCUGGAGGAUCCUGCUUUUGAUACCAGUUACUCUACUGAGCCUUGUUGGCAGUACCCAGAUCAUCAUGAAAACAAAUAUUGUGAUCUGGAGUGUAGCCAUACUUGUAACUACAAAACGAGGUCAUCAUCAUAUUUAGAUAACUUAGUUUGGAGAGAGAGUGAAGUUAACCAUUACUAUGAACCCAAGCUUAUUAUAGAUCUUUCCAAUUGGAAAGAACAAAGCAAAGAAAAAUCUGAUAAGAGAGGCAAGUCAAAAUGUGAAAGGAAUGGCUUGGUUAAAGUCCAGAUAGCACUAGAAGAAGCAUCACAGCAACUGGCUGAAAAAGAAAGGGAGAAGAAUCAGGGAUUUGAUUUUGAUUCCUUUAUUGCAGGCACUAUUCAACUUAGUUCGCAACAUGAGCCUACUGAUGUUGUUGAUAAAUUAAAUGACUUGAAUAGCUCAGUGUCCCAACUAGAAUUGAAAAGUUUGAUAUCAAAGUCAGUAAGCCGAGAAAAACAGGAAAAAGGAAUGGCAAAUUUGGCGCAAUUAGAAGCCUUGUACCAGUCUUCUUGGGAUAGCCAGUUUGUGAGGGGAGGGGAGGACUGUUUUCUCAUAAAUCAGUUUUGUUGUGAGGUCAGGAAGGAUGAACAAGUUGAGAAGGAAAACACUUACACUAGUUACUUGGACAAGUUCUUUAGCAGGAAAGAAGAUGCUGAAAUGCUGGAACCUGAGCCAGUAGAGGACGGGAAGCUUGGGGAGAGAGGGAAUGAGGAAGGAUUUCUGAACAACAGUGGAGAGUUCCUUUUCAACAAGCAACUUGAAUCCAUAGGCAUCCCACAGUUUCACAGUCCAGUCGGGUCACCACUGAAGUCAAUACAGGCCACAUUAACACCUUCUGCUAUGAAAUCUUCCCCUCAGAUUCCUCAUAAAACAUACAGCAGCAUUCUGAAACAUCUGAACUAGAACACUCAGCAGACAUUUCUUUUUGUAUUCUUUAUGAGAUGUGCUUUGUCUUUUUUAUUACUAGUAUUUAAGUCAUUUUUUACUUGAAUCAGAUGGUGUCAUUUUAGUAAGGAUUUCAUUAGUUCUUGGUUUUUAAAAUCCAGACUUAUUUUCUACACGUGAUAUAGUUUUCAUUUUAACUGGCAUGUCGUUUGCACACAAAAAUAAAGGAUAGAACAAAAUAACGCAAUGCAAGAGGAGACAAAAGAAAUGCACUAAGACAAGUAAAAACAUUCUCUCAUAGAACAAUGAUCUGUUUUACAGGAAACAAAUCUUGCCUUGAAACUUACAUACACAGUGAGACUAUACAUAAUUGCAUGAAAAUAUUUUCUUAAAACAUUUUUCAUUCAUGAGUAUUUUCAAGUUUUUCAUACUGUACACAUUUCUUAAAACACAUGAUACCAGCAGCAACUGAAAAUGAAUGCCGAAUUUGGUACACAUGUGUUAUCUACCUCAAGGUAACAAAAGUAUGUGGCAGAGCAUAUCCAUCCUAGUGUUUCACGGUCUGCACCUCUGUUUAGCCAGCGCUUAUUGCAGUAAACUGUUCUUCAUAAGAUUCACUCACUGUAAAUGUUCUAGUAUACAUUCUUUAUAAGAAAAUGUUAAUACAUCACCUCUUAUUUAUUGUAGCAAAUCAGUAUAUUUUCUGUAUUAUAGAAAGUUAACUUAGUUUUUGAAAUCUAUUUGCAAAUACACUUUUUCCAUUUGGCACUAUGGUUUGUUGCCUACCUAGCUGAGUAUAUAUAAUGUCAGCUUAUUCUAAGGCUGUCUACGUACUUAAUUUACUUAAGUGUUCAUUUUAAGUAAAGUGCUCACUGUGUAUAGGAAUUUGUAUUUUGGAGGUGCUUGAUCUAUCUACAAAGAAAAAUUAGGAAUUUAUUAUAAAAUGCUCCUAGAAGUCUUAAUUGUGUUUAUUUAAAAAAAAACAAAAAACAAAACUAAUGUAAGACUUGUGUGCAUGGAAGUAAUUAAGGUACAUCAUUAUUGUAGUUUAAAAGUUGUACAUAAGACAUACUUUGUUUUUACUGAAUGAUCUAUUCCCCAUCCCAAGGCAAGCAUGAAUAAAAUUAGGUUAAAUGUAGCAUGUGGCAUUCCAGUCUCUUAGAAAUUUGUUUUCAUCUAUUUUAUUUUAUUGAAUACUCUCUGUAUCUUUGGUUAUCCUGUUUGAAGAAAAAGGACAAAUAAAAUAUGGUCAGCAAAUACACCUCCAGCCUCACUACUUAGGUAAUGAGAAUUCUCUGCUAGAGUGAAAGCUAUAGCAGAAUCUUUCUCUAGUUCCACUUUUUUGGUUAUAUUGUAGCUAUAGUUAAACUCUGCUAGUCAAAAAGGCUUAAAAGAAAAAGGUUCUUUGUAUCCACACGAAAAUCUCUUGGCUUGAUUUACCUUCACACAUUAAAAUGGAAUAAGGCUUUAUUUAAAAUAAAUGUUUGCGAGAGUUGUGAACGA